GUUAUGACCGCGUCUCCUCACCUGGACCUCGGGCUGCUGCUGUUGCUUCUGGCCUGCUGGCAAACACCGGGAAUGGUCGGAGCAACUGUGCCAGCAGCCCCGGUGAAUGUAUCGGUGACCCAGCUGAGGGCGCACUCGGCCAUGGUGACCUGGAACGUCCCUCAGGGAGAUACUGUCAUUGGAUACGCCAUCUCACAGCAGAGGCCGGACGGCCUGAUGCAGCGCUCCAUCCGAGAGGUGAACACGUCCAGCCGCUGGUGUGUGCUUUGGGACCUGGACGAGGACACCCAUUACAGUGUCCAGGUGCAGUCCGUCGGGCCGCACGGUGACAGCCAACCCAGCCGCGCCGUCCACUUCAGGACCCUGGAGAGAAGUGACCAUUAUCCAGCCGGAGUCCUGGACCACCAUGAACCAGCGAUGGAGGGUCUGGGUAUGACUCCUCACUUACAGACAGGAGAGCUGCUCAUUAUCACCACUGUGCUGCUGCUGUGGGCAGCCGUCAUCGCCCUCUUCUGCAGACAGUACGACAUCAUCAAAGACAACGACUCCAACGGCACCAAGGAGAAAGCCAAGAGGCCGCUGGUCCGCGCCACUUCCUCCUACUACAAUGCUUCAGCCGGCAGCUCGCCCAUCUACCACAAUGGAGCCGUACGAAGCAACAGGCUCCACAGAGCCUCCUCCUCCAUCAGCAUCAUCAGGGUCUGA